AUGAAGUUCUCUUCUGUCAGUGCUGUGGCCGCCUUCUUGGCCGUCCAGCAGGUCUCUGCUUUCUGGGACACCGAAAGCUGCUUCCCUAGCCCAAGCAAUUGUGACAACAAAUGUACCGACACUCAGAAGAAUGGCUGGGAGUGGUCAUGGUUGAACCCUGGCCAGACUCUCCAGAACUUCGACGGCUUCGGAUUCUCUGGCUUCACUUGCUCUGAGCGCAGCGGCGGAAAGGGCAAGCGUACUUCUGAUAAAUGCAUCUCUGGCUCCAUCUCCAAGUCCAAGCCCGGCAAGGCACCAGCUCCCUCGAUUAGCUGCGGCGCCGAUAUUGAUGCCUUCUCCAUCACCCACUUCAGUGUCUUCACUGAGAAGGAUACCGACGUUAACUUCCACUUUGGCAUGCCUGAUGGAAGCAAGUGUUCGUUCACAACCAAGUGUGGAUCGGAGGGCACAGAUGUCCCCAACAAACAGUGCGGUGGUGCUACCUCCGUCAGCUGGACUAUUCCUGACCACAGUGACGUUGAUGACUGUGGAUUCGGUAUAUACUCUAUUGGAUUUGACUGCAACCCUGGCACUGGCUCUCCCAAGCCUCCUCCCAAGCCUCCCGCUACUCUCCCUCCCAAGCCUCCUGCUACUCUUCCUCCCAAGCCUCCUGCUACUCUUCCUCCCAAACCUCCCGCUACUGUCCCUGUUUCGGUGCCAGUCCUCUCUGUUCCUACCGCCCCUGUCUCUGUUCCAGUGAGUGUUCCUGGAAAACCGACCGAGGCUGCUCCUACCAGUGCUCCUGCCACUUCUCCUGCUGGUACUUCUCCUGCUGGUACCCCUCCUGCCGGUACUCCUCCUGCUGAAACUGUCCCUGCUGAAACUGUCCCUGCCUCUGCUCCUGGCACUUCUCCCGCUCCUGCAACUCCCGCUGUUCCCACCUCCGCUGUCCCCGGAACCCCUGUCGUUGGCCAGUCCAGCCCAGCUGUUUCCUCCGUCGGCGCUGUUUCGACCGCCCCCGUGCAGAGCUUCAGCACUUCCACCGUCUUCACAACCACCGAAGUCACCAUCACCAGCUGCGCUCCCACCGUCACCAACUGCCCCGCUGAGUCCAAGACUGUCGUCACCCAGACCAUUGCUAUCUCUACCACCAUCUGCCCCGUCACUGCCACCGAGACGGGCGUCCCCGGCGUCCCCGGCGCCGCCAGCACCGCACCUGCACCGGCACCCGAAGGCGCUGCCAGCAGCACCUCGCCCGCCGGAACCAGCCCUACCUCCAGCCCUGCUCCCGGCCCUCAGGACUCCUGUCCCAGCGUCGUCCCCAAGUGUAUCAACACCUGGCUCCCAGACACCUGCGCCGACAACACCGACGUGUCCUGCUACUGCCCUUCAUCCAACGCCACCGCAGCCAUCAUCUCCUGUAUCCAGGCCUGGAGCGCCGACUCUUCUGAAGUUUCCACCGCCUUGUCUUACUUCACCGGUAUCUGCAGUGGCUUCAUCCCCGGUAACCCCGGCAUCGUCACCGCUGUCCCCUCAACCAUCACCCUGGCGCCUACCCCCGCUCCUUCUGGUACUGCUGCUGCCACUUCCGUGCCAUGCACCACCAUCACCUUCUCUUCUAGCACAUACACCGUUCCUCAAGUCGCUUUCACGACUGCUUCUCCCACUGGCGUUGGUGCUACCCCCACCGUCGGCCUUAUUGGCGUAACCUCCAUCCCUGCAAACACCAACCCCGUGGCCGCUGUCACCACCUUGGCCACCAAGACCAGCGCCGUCCCUGGCGUCGCCGGCGCUACAGGCGUCAAGACCCCCACCGCCUCCUCGACAUUGAAACCUUUCACCGGUGCCGCCGUCCCAGGCGCCAUUGUCUCACGACAGGGCAUGCUCUUGACCGGUGUCAUGGGCAUGUUGGCUCUCUUCCUCUAG